GAAUAAAACUAUGAAAAAAAAAAAUUGAGCUAGAAUCAUAGACGAUAUAGAAAUCUAGUUUCGAUUUCUCAAAAAUUCGCAAUAAUCAAUCGCCGGUUUGUUUCUUGAUCUCAUCGUUCUUCUCCAUUAUCAGGAGUUUCAGAUAUAAGGAAUGGCUACACUCAAUAAAGAGCUGGUUUACUUAAUCUUGCAGUUCUGCAAUGAGGAAGGAUUCAAAGAAACUGCUCAUAUGCUUGAGCGUGAAAGUGGAUCUUAUUUUGACGUGAAUUAUUUUGAGGAGAUGAUACUGAGUGGAAAGUGGGAUGAGGUUGAGAGGUAUCUUUGUGGUUUCACUGAAGUGGAUGAGAACAGGUUCUCUACUAAGAUAUAUUUUGAAAUCAGAAAACAGAAUUUCCUCGAGGCAUUGGACAAUAAUGAUCGGACAAAGGCUUUGGAUAUCCUUAGGAGGGACUUGAAGGUUUUUGCCCCACAAAAUGAAGAGCUGUUUAGAGACAUGGCUCAUCUUUUAACAUUGAAUGAUAUCAGGGAACAUGAGCUCCUCUCUACUUAUCAAGAUACAGAAUUUGCAAGGAAAAAUUUGAUUCUUGUGCUGAAGAAAGUUAUUGAGGCAAAUCCUCUUUUAUGUGGAAAAUUGAAAUUUCCAAGCAUUGAAAGUCAGAGGUUGCGACGCCUCAUUAAUCAAAGCCUGAACUGGCAGCACCUACUGUGUAAACAUCCUCAGCCAAAUCCUGAUAUAAAAACCCUUUUCAAGGAUCAUGCUUGUCAAUCUCAACAUGUUCAUUUGUCUACCCAGUCAACUCAGACAAAUCCAAUGCCUUUUGAAGCUGCAUCAGUGCCCCUCUCUCCAACCAUUUCAAACUCUAGUCUAUCCACUGUAACUCAUGCUGCUGUUUUUGAUGGAGAUGGUUGUUUCAGUGGUGCAACAACCAUAGUUGACACCUUAGGUAAUCUCGAGGAAUCUAAGAUUGAGCCUCAACAAAAUGUGUUUGGGACUGAAGAUGAGGUAAUAUCAACUGUCACUUAUCCUGUUCAAUAUCAUAACUCCGUCCCCAGAAUUUCCAAUGACUUGCUCAAGAUCUCUGUGAAAAAUGGUGAGCUUGAAAGUUUUGAACAAGUCAAAAGGUGUGACUUGCCCAAGAAUGUUGCAAGGAUCUUGAUUGAGGACUCUUGUCCAGUGAGCAUGGAUUUUCAUCCUGUUGAACAGAUCUUUCUUCUAGUUGGAACCAAAAUUGGAGAUAUAGGCUUGUGGGAUAUUACUACUGGGGAAAAAUUGCUUUCAAGAAAUUUUAAGGUUUGGAAUAUUGGAGCAUGCUCAAUGAUGUUCAAGACAUCUAUGAUGAGAGAUCCAAGUAUUUCUGUUAACUGUGUUGCUUGGGGUUCUGAUGGUUCCCUUUUCGGGGUUGCAUUUUCAAAGCAUAUUGUUCAACUGUACUCUUAUUAUGGUGGCAAAGACAUUCAGCAGCAGUUGGAGAUUGAUGCUCAUGUUGGUGGUGUAAAUACGCUAGCAUUCUCUGCACCUAACGAGCAACUUUUGGUUAUAACUGGUGGUGAUGAUAAGAUAAUUAAGGUGUGGCAUACAAUUAGUGGAGUUCAGAUGUAUAGUUUUGGAGGCCAUGAAGCUCCUAUAUAUUCUGUCUGUCCUCACUUCAAGGAAAGUAUUCAUUUUAUCUUUUCUACCUCAGUGGAUGGCCAGGUAAAAGCCUGGUUAUAUGACAAUCUGGGAGCUAGAGUUCAUUUUGCAGCUCCUGGACUUGGGUGUACAAGAAUGAUUUAUAGUGCUGAUGACAAGAGGCUUUUUUCAUGUGGGACAAGUAAAAAUGGAGACUCGUUCCUUGUUGAAUGGGAUGACGGUGAAGGUGCUGUAAAAAGAAUGUAUGAAGGACUCUGCAAAAAUUCUCCAGCUAUAGUGCAGUUUGAUACGUCAAGGAACAAGCUUUUGGCUGCAGCAGAUGAUCAUGUAAUCAAAAUUUGGCAUAUGAACAAGGUUGAGCUUUUGACAACAAUUGAUGCAGCUGGAGACUUACCACCAAAUCCAUGUAUCCGCUUUAACAAGGAGGGCACAUUAUUGGCUGUUUUUGCCAACCAAAACAAAAUCAAGAUCUUAGCAACUGAAGACCAGUAUCAGUUGCUGCAUACAGCAGAAAAUUAUUCUGUUGAUACCCCCCAAGAUGUCUCCGAUACUUUGAGAAAGCCUGCAGUAAAUCCAACUUCAUCUGUUGAUCAGUCUGGAAGAGCUGAUGGGCACAUGCUGAAGGACAUGGAAAAUAACCUUGUUUACAAAACCAAUAACAAAUCAGAGAUUUGUAAGUUUGUCCAGAUUAAACAGCCUUCUCAAUGUCUGUCAUUGUGGCUCCUUCCUCAUGAGAAAGGAAACAAGAUAUCAAAGCUACUCUACACCAACGCAGGUAAUGCUAUUCUGGCAUUAGCAUCAAAUGGCACUCAUCUACUCUGGAAAUGGCCACAGAACAACUUUAAUUCAAGUGGAGAGGCAACAACUAAGGUUCCCCCUCAAUUGUGGCAACCACGAAGCUGUUCAAGACUGAUGACCAAUGACCUUAUGGGAUGCAACCCUGAGAAGGCCGUGCCCUGUUUUGCUUUGUCCAAGAAUGAUUCAUAUCUCAUGUCAGCAUCGGGAGGGAUAAUUUCCUUGUUCAACAUGUUGACAUUUAAGACAAUGAUGACUAUUAUGCCUCCGUCACCUGCAGCCACUUGUCUAGCCUUCCACCCUCAAGAUAACAACAUUGUUGCUAUUGGUAUGGAUGAUUCAGUGAUAUUGAUAUAUAAUGUCCGUUUAGCCAAGGUUAAAGGGAAGCUUAAGGGUCAUUCCAAAAGAGUCACUGACCUUGCUUUCUCAAUCAAUCUGAAUGUGCUUAUAUCUUCUGGAGCUGAUGCGCAGGUCUUCGUGUGGGAUGUUGAUGGAUGGGAGAAACGGAAGAGCAGAUUCUUGCAGAUUCCUGAUGGGACAUUGCAGCCAGGAGGUUCAGAUACCCAUGUCCAGUUUCACCUGGAUCAGGAGCACUUUCUUGCUGUCCAUGGAACUCAUCUUGCGAUAUAUGAAGCCAUAGAUUUAGAAUGCGUGAAGCAGUGGGUUCCAGAAGAUUCUACACGAAUCUCUCAGGCAACAUUUUCAUGCGAUAGCACGAUGAUAUAUGCCAGCUUUGAGGAUGGAACUGUGUCUAUAUUUGGUGCUUUGACUCUACAAUUGAUCUGCCAGAUCUCUGGCACUGCUUAUCAUCUUCCUAGAACAAGCUUAAAUGUAUACCCAGUUGCUAUAGCUGCCCACCCGCAUAUCCCUACUCAGUUUGCAGUGGGACUUACAGAUGGUGGAAUAGUCGUUUUCGAGCCUAAAAACCCCGAUGACAAAUGGGAUGUUCUACCGCUAGAUGAAACGGCAUGGCAGGACUAUCUCGACUCUGAUGACAAUCACGGUUCAACUCAAACAUAUACUUGUUAAAAAUAUAAUAGCAUUGAGCCCAUUUAAACUCAUGUACGUACACAAUAAUGGAGGGAAGGGAUGGGAAUGGGGCUGCACAGGUUCGAACCCAUUCAGAGAAUGCACGCCGUGAUGCACGGCUGUUCUGUCCUGAAACAGUUUGGUUACGUGGUUGCAAUAAGAUACAUGACUUGGG